GAAUGUGUCCACACUUUUCAAAUUAAAUUAUUUUGUUUAGCAGUUAAUCGUAUUUCAACAAAUUACUUCAAAAAGAAUAUGCUGAUUUUCUUGAAUGUUUAUCUCAACCAAAAUACAAAAUGAUUCAUGUUCUCAUAUAAUGAUUCAAAAGAGGAUUACACGGUAUAAUUUCGUCAAACAUAAAUUUAAACUCCAAUUUGAAGACAAUGUUUUAAUUAAUAUUACUAUUAUAUUUUAGUGUAAGAUUUUAUUAAUUAAUAUUACUAUAAUAUUUUAAUAUAUGUGCUAGUUAUUUAUAAAAGUUUUAUAUAUUUCUAUUUAUUAUGACAAAUAUAAAGAUUAUAGUGUAAAUUACACCUAAUUUUGAAAGUUAAAUUUGAAGUUUUUGAAACUUCAAAUAUAGAAUUUUGCAAAAUCUAAAAUAGAAAGUUUUUUUGGAGAUGCUUUUAGAAAAGAAUGAAACUCAACUCCAACAGAAUCCAACUUAGAAAUUUUAAAUAUUUAUAUUUAUAUUUUUUAAGAAUUUUAUUCAGGUACUAUGGAUAAUAUUGCUCUAACUGAUAUCUCUUACUGGACAAUCUGUGGACAUAACAUAUUAGGAUUGAUAUUUUUACUGAUAUAAAUAAAUAAAUAAAACAAAGAUCUUCUACUCGACGAAGAUUAGAUCGCUGUGUCACAAGUCAAUACUCUUUAAAGGAAAAUAGUCAAUCUUGUGUUGACCUACAUUGAGGAGCAAUAUAACGUGUCCUGCUCUUUUUUUUGUUUUUUUUUUUUGACUAAAUUUGAUGCAUUAAAAUAAAAGUAACCAAGGUUUACAAUUGUUCGAUAAUAACAUCUUACAAUUGAGAAAAUAUAUAUCUGAAACAGAUAUAUGAGAAAUUAUAGAAGAAGUUACAAAGUAACUUAGUAGUUGGUUAAGAUGAGAGUUUUCCAAUGCAUGCACGGAGCAUGAUGACAGAAACCUGAGAUUUAGAGGCAUUUAAAAUGGAGGUCUAUGAUCUCUUUGACCGCCACGACCGCCACGACUGUCAAUGGCAGAAGUGUGUAUUUUGAGUCAAGGACGAUGAUAGGAAAAUUUCCCAACUGUCAAUGGCAGAAAAUAACAAAUACAGAUCAUUUGCUUGACUAGAGUCUAGAGAGAAUAUUAUCUUUCUCAUUUGUGACACAUUCUAUACAGAGAAGAGGAACACAUACCAAAAUCUUCUUCCGUGAGAUAAAUUUGUCAAAAAAGUUCAUGGCUAUAUACGAGGCAGAUACACCAAUGGUGGUAUUGUUCUGCAGAGAAAAGCCCAAAUUGUAGGUAGAUUUUUUGACCUAACUCAAUAAUCACAGACAAUUCGCUUGAAAGAGAAGCCAUUUUGACAAAAGAAAACUAAUCGAUACUACAAGUGAAACUCAAGAACACAACUUACUCCAAACAUGGUGUGAAUAGCUGCUUCCCAAAUCCGUAAGUUCAUUCAAUCCUUGUAAAAGUUUGCCAAUGCCAUGUUCCACCUUCAUAUAUUCCUCGAGCUUGAGCUUGCCAAUUAUUUCCAUGGGAAAAUAAGGAUCAUAUCGAGACAUUAACUCAAAUUAACCCCAAAACUAAACAUCAAGCUCAACAUAAAUAAAAAAACGUUCUUAAAUCAAAAUUUUGAUGAAAACAGUAAAAAAAGUUCUAAAAUAAACAAAGCAAGAACAAUUUUUAGCUCCUUGGUUUGUUGUUUUAUGCUAUUAGUGAGCAUAUAUUUUUAGCUCUUAUAUUUCAGAUUACUAAUACUCAUCAUUUACAUUAGAUUACUUUGUUCCACCUUAUUUUUUCCAUGAUAAGUAUGAUCAUCUUUUCUACAUUUGUUUAUCCUAUUAAAUUGAAAUGCAUAGAUAUUUUUUUGUUUUUAUGAUCCUUUUAAAAGAUUUCAUAUGGACUCUAACGGUUCUAAUAAUCUGAAUCUUUCUUGUUCUAGUGGAAAAAUCCUAAAACUUAAAAAAAUGACCAAAUUUAAUUUUAAAAAAUAACAAUAAUCUUUAAAAUUUCAAAUAGAGACAUUUUUAGUUUUCCUUACGAAAUCAAAUAGUUAUUUUAUACUUUUUAGUUAUUUAACAAUUAUUCAAAUACCAUGAUAGAUGAAGAAGUAUUCUCAUGUGUCUAAUUUAAGUUUUUUUCACUAGAACAAGAAAGAUUCAUAUCAUUAGAAUCCAUAUGAUAUAUUUUAAAAGGGUCAUGAUAAAACAAAAAUAUCUAUUCAUUUCAACUUAAUAGGAUAAAAAAAUGUACAAAAGAUGAUCAGACUUAUCAUGGAAAAAAUAUGGUGGAACAAUGUAAUCUAAUGUAAAUGAUGAGUAUUGGUAAUCUUAAAUUUAAGAAGAAAUAAAUCAUAUGCUCACUAUUAGCAGGUGGAUUACAAUUGGGCCUAUAAUAUUCUAGAAAAUCAAUUAACAUGUUAAGAAGUUUACAAUAUAUACUCUCCCUUUUCUAUAUCGUUUAGUAAGAAGUUUUGGCAAUAAAUUAUAUUUUAAAUAAUAUCUAAUAUAUCAUUAACUUUUUACACAACAUUGGUUUCACUUUGAAAUUUAUAGAUAGAACUUUACGUGUAUUAUAUUUAACUUCAAUGCUUGGGGAUAUUUGAAUCUAUACCAAAGAGAGCAGUUAAAGUAAUAACACUUAGUCAGAGCAUUUGCUUCUAACUCGGUGUUUAAGUCAAGAGUAAAUCGGUGAAUAACAUCUGUCCGUCUUCUAGAAGAGUGAUUGUUGAAGGAUAUCUGGUGAAUAAUCUCGUCAUUUGUAAUCACAUCUACAAUUCUAUCUUCUUUCUCAAGCAGCAGCUUCGAUUGUAAUAUCGCUUCCUCUUAAAUAAUAUAUUAUUUAAUAAAAAUAUUUAAAUAUUUAGUAUGAUCGUGUUAUUUGUUUUCUCAUCAGAUUUUGUUAGAACUAAAAAUAAAUUUUAUAUUAUAAUUAAAAUUGAUUUAUUAUUAAUAUCUUUACUGAUUAUAAAAAAUAUAUAUAUUUGACUUAUUAAUGUAUAUAAUUAAAUAUUUCAUAUUAUAUAAUUAGUUGGUCAUGUUAUGACUUGUCAACAAUAGAUAAAAAAUAUUUAUCUAAAUUAAUAGAAUAUAUAAUGUUUCUAUUUUAAUAUAAUAUGGAAUAUAAUUAUAAAAUUUGUAAAAAAAGAAUAUAAUUUUUGUGUUAUAAUAACAUUUUAUUUAACAUUAAUUUAUAAUAAUAUAAUCUUACUAAUUAACAAAAUAAUUAAUAUAUUAUUUAAUAAAAAAUGAUCCUAUUAGAUAUUUUCUCAAUAGAUUUGGUUAGAACUAAAAAUAAAAAUUUAAGUUAUAGUUAAAAUUUACUUAUUAUUAAUAUAUUAUUGAUUACUAAAAUUUUAUAGAAAUUUUAUAUAUAUGACUUAUUAAUGUAAAUAAUUAAAUAUUUCAUAUUAUAUAAUUAGAAGGUCAUAUUAUGACUUGUCAACAGUAGAUAAAACAUAUGACUCUAAAUUAAUAGAAUAGAUAUAGAGUGUAGCUAUAAAAUUUGAAAAAAUAGAAUAUCAUCUUUUUUAUAUAAUAACAUAUUAUUUAACAUUAAUUUAUAAUAAUAUAAUAUUACUAAUUACCAAAUUAAUUAAUAUAUUAUUUAAUAAAAAUAUGAUCCUAAUAUAUAUAUUUUCUCAAUAUAUUUUGUUAGAACUAAAAAUAAAUUUUAAAUUAUUGUUAAACUUGAUUUAUUAUUAACAUCUUUAUUUAUUAUUCAAAUUUAUAGAAAUGUUAUAUAUUUUACUUAUUAAUGUAAAUAAUUAAGUAUUUUAUAUUGUAAUUAGAUGGUCCUAUUAUGACUAGUCAACAGUAAAUAAAAAAUAAGACUGUAUGUUAAUAGAAUAGAUGUUGUCGUUUUUUUGUUCUGAAGAAGAAAUGUAUAUUUUGAGUUAAAGACGAUGAUAGAUAUUUAAAUAGUUUAUGAAAGUUUUGGAAUUGUCAAUGGCAAAAAAGAACAGAUACAGAUCAUUUGCUUGACUAGAGAUUGUAUUAUCUUUCUCAUUUUGACACAUUCUAUAUACUUUACGUUUAUUGUUAGAUGAUACGCAGAAUUCGUUGAAUUUGAUAUUUCUUUCCAAAUCUUAAUACAGUGAUAAAAUCAUAAUUUGUUAAAUUAUGUGAUAUCUUUGAAGGAAAUCGUGUAUAAAUAUUGACGCUUUUCUCUGUCACUUAAGUUAUCUUGUUUACAUCUCAUUUUCAGUGAUUAACCAAACACUUUAAGCUAUAAUAUUUUCGUUAUGAUGUCCAAAAUGUUAGUGGCAUUUGUGUUCACUUGUCAAUUUUAUGUUGGUUCUGCUCAACAAUUAACAGUUUCAGCACUUUUCGCUUUUGGAGACUCAAUAUUAGAUACUGGCAACAAUAAUCUUCUUGCAACUCUUACCAAGGUCAAUUUUUUUCCAUACGGCAGAGAUUUAGGUGGACUACCUACCGGGAGAUUUGGAAACGGGAGAGUUGUUUCAGAUAUGAUUGCCGAAGGGUUGGGAUUGAAGAAUCUCUUACCAGCAUAUCGCAAUCCAGCCCUCUCGAGCAACGAUCUAGUGACUGGUGUGUGUUUUGCAUCUGGUGGAUCUGGACUUGAUUCUAUCACUGCUAUGAUACAGGGGGUUAUAUCGGUGCAAGAUCAAGUGAGAGAUUUCCAAAACUACAUCACUAGACUAAACGGUGUAGUAGGAAGUCAAGAGAAAACAAAUGAAAUUAUAUCAAAUGCGGUUUAUUUAAUCUCAGCGGGGAAUAAUGAUAUUGCUAUCACAUAUUUCACUACGGUAACUAGAAGGUUACAAUACACUCUUCCAGCAUACACUGAUCUCCUAGUCACUUGGACUCGUGAUCUAAUAAAGAGUCUAUACGAUAUGGGUGCAAGAAAAUUUGCGGUUAUGGGAACACUACCGCUAGGUUGCUUACCGGGAGCAAGAAGCUCGAUUGCGAACUUAUUCAAAGUAUGUGAAGUGUUUUCAAAUCAAGCAGCUGCUAUGUUUAACCAGAAAUUAUCUGCUGAACUUGACAAUCUUGGCGCAGCAUUUCCGGGUGCCAAAUUCAUGUACAUAGAUAUGUACAAUCCUCUUAUGGGUCUCAUCAACAACCCUCAAGCUUCAGGGUUCAUUGAUGCAGCUGAUGGAUGUUGUUGUACACCAAUGUCUAUAAUGCCGUGCUUAGACGCGUCGAGUUAUGUGUUUUGGGAUAUUGCCCAUCCGACCCAGAAGUCAUACCAAACGAUCACACCAAAUAUUAUUCAAGAUAUUAAAGCAAAGCUCGCAUGAUCAAUUUCUCAAACUUUUUAGUUUGUUUUGAGUAAUACUUCAUGUUCUGUUAUUCUGUUUAACGAAAUAAUAUCUAUCAGUUGUCUCAAUCUCCAUAAUUAUUUUUCAGCGUAAUACACAUUUUGAAUGUUAAUGUUGUGUGUAGUGUUUUAUAUUAGGGUUCAGAUCUCAUUUACGGGCCUUGGAGCUUUCUGAUAAUGCUUGCUAGUAUCCUCCUGAAGAUAUAUCAACUAACAUAAAACGGUGGAUUUAACAAAUUUAAAAAAGUUACUUUUGUUAUGACUUUUUGAAGUUUGAGCAUAACUUUUCCAAAAUAUUUCAUAAUUAUUAGUAAGAUUUAUGCUAUUGUCAUUUUCUCUUCGAGUUAAUCGAUAUGCCUGCUUUGAUCAGACGGCCUUCAAAGUUAAACCACCGUAUUCAGGGAGCAUCUUUCAUGUCGAUUUUUGAUAAUACUGACAUUUUAGUUAUCUUUUUCUUACAGCUUUUGUUAUUUUGUAAAAACUCUAGAUUUAAUUCUCACUGGUCCGUAGCUGGAUUCCUUUGCCUGUCACAUGAAUCCAAAACCUCACGUGAACCUUAGUUUUAAACUAGUCCUAAUUUCAAUAAAUCUAGUGGCGAUAUUUAAAUAUUUUUUUUAGUUUUAACGUCUUCUUUUUGUAGAUUUGAAGUUUUAACAUACCCAUAGGCACGCAAAUUAAAAUCGUAAACUAAAUUAAAAUUUGAAAUUAGUAACUGCGUAAAAGUGUUUACUGUUUACCCUUAAACUUAUUGUUCAACGGAUAGAAAUAUGUUUCCUUUAAGGCACUAAGUCUUCUGACAGCCUCGUAAGAUGAGAAAAGUUUUGUCAUUAUUACAUUCCCCAAACACAUAUUCUCUGUUCUUUCGCAAUGCAAAUGGACCAUUUUCUCGGAAUUCAUGAAUCACAUUAUUGUUAAUGAAAUUGUAGACUGCAUCUCUAAAAUUAUUUAGAAUGUGUACAAAGGUAACAAAACUGUGAUUGCAGUCAAAUUCUUGAAUAAAUCCUUUUAAAUGGCAAUAAUAUACAAUUUGAUUUCUGUUUGUAAACUGUUCAGAAUAAACUCAAAUUAAUGAGUACAAGUUUUCACAUCGAAAUGAGUAAACUAAAUAAUGUUUUUUUCUAUAUUAUCUAGAAUAAACUUUCAUUAACAACUUUGUCUUAAUAACAACUACGUAUAUAUAUGCAUAUUACUGUGAUAUAGGAGUAAGAUAUUGUAUUGAUCAAAAAAAAGGAGUAAGAUAUUAUAAGCUUAAAAAAACUAAUAACAUCCAUAUAAAAGAUUAUAAUCGCUUAUUUGAAACUAUUAUUAUAUUUCAUUUCAUAAAUUGCCCUCUCCAUUUUUGAUAUUUUUAUAAACUAUUAAAAAGGACACCAUAUUUUUCUCUCUUUAUAAAGAGAAAGUCCC